AUGCUUAAAUCAGAUGAUUUUUAUACAGUUACUAUCGAAAAUAGUCAGGAAAAGUUUACUAUCCAUAAGCAGUACAAAAUCAUUCGAAAAGUAGGUGCAGGAUCAUAUGGAUCUGUUUGUAGUGCCCUCAAUGUAAAUACCAAUGAAGUUGUUGCUAUUAAAAAAUGUCGUCAUAUAUUUGACAAAAAGUUAAUUACGAAACGUUGUUUACGGGAAAUGAAAUUGCUUCAACAUUUAAAUGGUCAUCCACGCAUCAUUGAUUUACGAGCCAUGGACAUUGUCGAUCCUAGAACAUUCAAUGAAGUUUACUUAAUACAAUCUUGUUGUGAUACUACCAUGGCAGAUAUUAUUCAUUCAAAGCUUGAACUAGAAGCAGUACAUUAUCAAUGGUUUAUGUACCAACUGUUUUCAGGUUUAAAAUUUAUCCAUAGUGCCAACGUACUUCACCGUGAUUUAAAACCAGCAAACAUUCUGGUUAAUGAAAAUUGCGACUUGAGGAUUUGUGAUUUUGGUAUGGCCCGUGGGUUUGUCAGUCCUUCAGAUCAUGUAGAAUCGCAGUAUAUGACACAUUAUGUAGUCACUCGUUGGUAUAGAGCUCCUGAAAUCAUGCUGAUUGAUCUAUGGUCUGUUGGUUGUAUCUUGGCAGAACUAUUGGGCCGAAAAGUGUUAUUUAAAGGUACAGAUUAUGUUGACCAACUGCACAAGAUUGUC